GAAAAUUACAUCUCUCCCUACUUCAAUUGUUUCACCAAACUGCAAUUUUCUCUCCUCACAAACCUAAUAUAUAACCGACAACCCUCCGAUGCUGUUCCCUGGAAUUCGUCUUCCAAAAAUGGUUUCGAUUUUGCUGGCUUUCGUCCUAUGUUGCCUCAGCUUUCAAGUAAUCCUUACCGGUGCACAGACACCGGCAGCCGCACCCUCUACUUUGCCAGCUGCAACGCCCCCGCCUACUACCACACCUGCUGCACCGGCUACUCUGCCGACUACAACCCCACCACCUUCUACCGCACCAACCGCAGUAACACAACCGCCUGUAAAUGCAGCAGCAACCCCACCAAUCACCACACCCGCAUCACCUUCCCCUAAGGUAGCACCAUCCAAAAGCCCAGCAGUCCCACCCCCGCUACCCCAAAGUCCACCUGUGUCAACUCCAUCACAGCCACCGAAUCUGCCGCCAUCACCACCUGUUUCGACACCAACAUUGCCGCCUCCUGUAGCGGCGCCACCUGCAUCUCCAACACCAGUUCAAGCCCCAGCCCCUGUUAAAGCAACUCCUGCACCGGCACCAGCUAAAGUAGCACCAGUGCCCUCACCAUUAAAAGCACCCCCAGUAUCCGCGCCAGCACCGGUUAUUGUGCCACCAGCUUCACAACCAGUGCAAGCACCAUCACCUGCUCCACCCAACCACAAGGGGAAGAACAAGCACAAGCACAAGCACAAGCAUCAUCAUCAUGCACCAGCACCUGCACCAACUGUACAAAGUCCCCCAGCACCACCUACGGUGACAGAUACAGAGGACGAUACAACACCGGCCCCAUCACCAAGUUUGAAUUUGAAUGGAGGAAAUGCACUCCACCAGAAAGGAGGGAUAUCAGGAUUCUGGGUUACGAUCGGGUUAGCAAUCACUAUACUGCUGGCAAAGACAGGCUAAAGUUCUUACCAAUCUUAGACGUUGAACUAUGAAUUUAUUGGUACAGUGCCAGAAGAAAUUUUUUUAAGAGAAUAUAUUGCAAUAAGAUGAUUUUUUCAUAUGUACAACCCUAGAUCUAAGAAUCAAUCAUACAAAAGAUGAACGAUCAACAUUUACCACUUUUUUGUUUA